AGCUUGUGUGGGGAGCAUGAAAGCCACGCUUCCAAGUAUUUUCUCCAAAAUACACCAAUUCAUCUCUCUCUUAUCUUCUUCUUGUUCCUCUCAACUCUUCUUUUUCAAUCCUUUCAAAAAUCAAAGCAGCACCUCCAGGCAAACAGAAAGAAGCAAAACAAAAGCAGAGCAAAUACGUAAAUGGCGCUUCAGGCCGCGCCAACACUACCCUUUAAAACAGUUAAUUCUCCACUUGCUCCAACACCCAAUGCCGGCCUCCGGCCACCAUAUGAUCGCUUUGCUUUGAAAUCGCCGUUCUUUUCUCCAUCGCUUCAUCUCUUGCUUCCUUCUCGUCUUGCCACUAACACUGAUUCAGCUGCUCCAAGGUUUUCCAUGCGUGUGGCCCCCAAGCAAGCUUAUAUUUGCCGGGAUUGCGGGUAUAUAUAUAAUGAGAGGACUCCCUUUGAGAAAGUUCCUGAUAGUUAUUUUUGUCCCGUAUGUGGUGCUCCAAAGAGGAGAUUCAGGCCAUAUCAGCCAGCUGUGGCAAGAAAUGCUAAUGAAAAAGAUGUGAGAAAGGCUCGAAAAGAACAAACGAAAAGAGAUGAAGCUGUUGGGAGGGCACUGCCUAUUGGAAUUGUGGUCGGAAUUGCAGUACUCGCCGGUUUAUACUUUUAUCUCAACAGUACCAUUGGCGGCUGAAUGAAAUCGACUAAAUUCUGUCAAAUCUUAUAGAAUUUACAGGACCAAUGUUGUGAUUUUGUUA